AUGCUGCUAGCAAAAUGCCUGGUGGAAAAAGAGCUGCUCACGAGCCUCGCUGCUGCUGCUGCUGCUGCUGCUGCUGCUGCAGGUGUCCGCUUUGGCUGUGUGGACAACAAGGGAAUGCACAAGGAGACGCUGGAGGAAGCAGUUAUGAGAAUACGCAGAGACAUUCGAAUGGCUUUCGGGGCGGACUUCGCAGUGCCGUACAGCGUGUUCAGCGGGGGCUGCGACAUCUGGGUGGACGCGGGCAACAAAGCCGAAGGUGUUGCGCUGCUGCAGGGGCUGCUGCAGCUGCUGCCGCAGCAGUGCCUCCACGUGGGCGACCAGUUCAGCCUCGUGGGCAACGACUUGGCUGCCAGAAUUUGCUCGCCGGCGCUGUGGAUUCGAAACCCCCGAGAGACAGCAGCAGUGCUGCAGGAGCUGCUGGCAGCAGACACAGAAGAAGAAGACAAUUAA